CUUACGAGUACAACCGGCUGUCAGUCGAAGCAGGAAAGUCUCGCCGUGUAUUAUAGCUGUAAAGUGGAGCAAAGAAUAACCGUCGUGAAAGGAAAUUGAAGAAGCAUAAGUCACUGUGAAAUGGCGAACUCAACGAGAGAAACAACGAUUGAGCAAAGUCUAGCUUUCAUCAGGCAGUCUUUGAAAUCCGCGACAAUGGAUCACCUGGAAGGAACACGCUUUGACGGCUCGAUACCCCAUAUUUUUGUAAUUCUUGGAGCAUCUGGUGACUUGGCCAAGAAGAAGAUCUACCCAACUUUGUGGUGGCUCUUCAGAGACAAUCUGCUGCCAAAAACAACAACAUUCUUUGGAUACUCGCGCAGUAAAUUGACGGUGAAAAACAUCAGAGAAAACUGCCAUAAAUAUAUGAACGUCAAGCCCGAGGAGGCUGGAAAGUAUGAGGAAUUCUGGUCUUUGAAUCAUUACGUUUCUGGAAAGUACGACGUGAGACGAGACUUCGAACUACUGAAUCAGGAACUUGAGAAGUUCGAAAAAGCUGCCGCGGCUCACAGACUCUUUUAUCUGGCUCUGCCUCCCUCCGUUUUCGAAGAAUCCACGUCACACAUUAGGAGUACCUGCAUGGCCCAAAAAGGCUGGACAAGGAUAAUUAUAGAAAAACCGUUUGGACGUGACGCCGCCUCAUCUGAGCAACUUUCUAACCACCUUGCGUCGCUCUUCAAGGAGGAACAAAUGUACCGGAUAGAUCAUUACCUGGGUAAAGAAAUGGUGCAGAAUUUGAUGACACUCAGAUUUGGCAACAGGAUAUUCAGUCCAACUUGGAACAGGGACAGCGUAGCUUCGGUUCAAAUUUCUUUCAAAGAGCCGUUCGGGACUCAGGGAAGAGGCGGGUACUUCGACGAGUUUGGAAUCAUAAGAGACGUCAUGCAAAAUCACCUUCUUCAGAUACUGUCUCUCGUGGCGAUGGAAAAACCUGCCUCUUGCCAUCCGGAUGACAUUAGAGACGAGAAAGUCAAGGUACUUCGAUGUAUAAGCCCCCUUGAAUUGGACGACGUCGUGCUUGGUCAGUAUGUCGGUAAUCCCAACUCCGACGAUCCCGAUGCCAGAAUCGGAUACCUGGACGACCCUACCGUUCCCGCUGGUUCAAACACCCCAACCUAUGCCAUGGCGGUUGUAAAAAUUAACAAUGAAAGAUGGGACGACGUGCCGUUCAUCCUGAGGUGUGGAAAAGCAUUGAAUGAGCGCAAAGCAGAGGUUCGAAUUCAGUACAGAGAUGUGCCUGGAGAUAUAUUCGAUGGUAAGCCAAAGAGAAAUGAAUUGGUGAUACGAUUGCAGCCUGGAGAAGCAAUUUAUAUUAAAAUGAUGACCAAAUCUCCGGGCAUAACAUUUGACAUGGAGGAAACUGAGUUGGAUUUGACCUACGGCAGUAGAUACAAGGAGCUCAAGCUGCCCGAUGCAUACGAAAGACUAAUUUUAGAUGUAUUCUGCGGUUCGCAAAUGCACUUUGUAAGGAGUGACGAACUCGCCGAAGCUUGGAAAAUUUUCACCCCGUUACUCCAUAGAAUUGAGAAGGAAAAAAUUCAGCCGAUCCCUUACGAAUAUGGAUCACGAGGACCCAAGGAAGCUAACGAAAAAGCGAAAGAAAACAAUUUCAAGUACUAUGGUUCCUAUAAAUGGGUGAAACCUGAUCAUCAGUAAUUAAAUCGUCAGUUUUAUUGCAAGUCGUAAUAUUUUAUUGGUAGAAGAAAUGUUUCCGGCGCGGCGUAAAGAUGUUAUCAGUCGAUAAAAUAAGUCUCGAAUCUAGCGAAAACAAUUUUCAAUCCGUUUAAUUACAACUAGACUUGACCCGGAUAUUUAAAUCAUUCAAUUUUUUAUUUUUAUAUUCCUUUUACACGGAAUUGACGUUUACAAUUCUAAACUCAUUCCUGGAAACUACUUCCUAGCUUGCUCAACGCUGUUCUUGUAAUCAUAUUUACGUAAAAUACAACAAAUUUUGCAUUUCUUUAUUUUAUACACAUUCUUCUCCGGUCUAAACGAUCAUUCGAUAGAUCGUGUUGCUUUCAAGCGUUACAUAAGAAUCAUUUCAACAUAAACGAGCCAUAAAAAAUGAAAUUAAUCAACAUUAUAGUUGAAAUCGUGCAUUCUACCACGACGACAAAUAAUGUACAAUAUUUUUGAUAAAUAUUUAAAUAUUUAAGAAUUAUUAGGCUAUGUUAUUGUUAAUAAUAUUAUUUAAAAAAAGGAAAAAGAAAUCUUUUGAAAAGAAUGCAAUAACUUGAUCAUCCGUGAUGAGCAAUAAAAUUUUUGAGUAAAAUAGAGAAAAAUAUUUACGCAACGGAAAAAUGAAGCGAAAUGACGAAUACUGGCAAACUUGAUACUCACUAAGUACGUAAGUUUAUUACAAAUUCCAAAUCAACAAUCUACGUUACAUUCCGUUACCCACUGUCUUAACAUUUACACCGAGCACAGAAUGUUUGUAAUAAAUAAGGGACACA